AACUGAGCGUCGGCUCGACGCGCUGAGGAUGUGGGCAGGAAACGCCAUGCAAGAGCGAAGGGACGAUCACGCUUCCCAGCGCCGUUGCACAAUACAGCGCGAUGAAAAUGUGCUUUAAUCCACCGCGCUGAGGGUCCAGGAGCGGUCAUUCUCCUCGGACCUGCGCCCCGCGGCCGCCACUCAGCGGGCUUGGAGGAUUUUUGCCGGCGUGGGAUUCGACUGCGAUCCGAGCGAGAGGGCAGCCUUCCCAGCCUGCUCGGUUUGAAAACAUCGGGGCUGGUCAGCGGGUGGGAGAGGGAGCAGGCUUCGUCGCGGAAAAAGGAGGUGUCUGCCUUUUUUUCUCUCUCUCUCUCCUUCCUUCUCCCCCCACAGCCAUGAGGGAGUACAAAGUGGUUGUUUUGGGGUCGGGCGGAGUCGGUAAAUCCGCGCUGACGGUCCAGUUCGUGACGGGCUCCUUCAUCGAGAAGUACGACCCCACGAUAGAGGAUUUCUACAGGAAGGAGAUCGAGGUGGACUCGUCCCCGUCGGUGCUGGAGAUCCUGGACACGGCGGGGACCGAGCAGUUCGCCUCCAUGCGAGACCUGUACAUCAAGAACGGGCAGGGCUUUAUUUUGGUUUACAGCCUGGUGAACCAGCAGAGCUUCCAGGACAUCAAGCCGAUGAGAGACCAGAUCAUCCGGGUGAAGAGAUACGAGAGGGUGCCCAUGAUCCUGGUGGGAAACAAGGUGGACCUGGAGGGGGAGAGAGAGGUGUCUUCCGGGGAAGGCAAGGCGCUGGCCCAGGACUGGAACUGCCCGUUUAUGGAAACUUCAGCCAAAAAUAAAGGAUCGGUCGACGAACUGUUUGCGGAGAUAGUCAGACAGAUGAACUACUCCACGGUCCCCAGCGGGGGGGACCAGUGCUGUUCAUGUGUCCUGCUCUAAAACACAGCACACACACAGGAUCAGUGCAUCCGGCCUCGAUUUGAGCUUCUUAACUUGUCCUGCAGGCUUUUUCUUUCCUUUUUUUUUUUUUUUUUUUUUUCAAAACUCCUCUCUGCUCACACUGUUGUCUUACUGUUGCACACAAACGAAAAUCGACAAUGACAACAAUCGAUUAUGUAUUAUAGUCUGGAAAAGUGUUUACAUGACCAAGUACUUGAAUGUUUUGGGAUUUUUUUUAUAGCUUUGUAUAUGACACUUCUCUGGAAAUGUGCCUCAAUGGGAAUGUCUUAUUGUGAAACCUAA